AUGGCUGCUAAAGAUAUACAAUCGGCGGCUUUAUCGAAAGUUAAUACAUCCGUAGUGCAUGCUAUUGGUGGUACAAAGGUAAAGGAGACGAAAAAGCUAUUUAAGUGGACUAUAGAAAAUUAUAGUGCUUGGCAGGAUAGAGGUCAUGAGAAAGAUUAUAUGACGUCACCAACAUUUUCAACCGGUGCCAAUGAUGAAUCAAAAUGGUUUGCACAACUUUGUGAAAAGGGUUAUAUCAAGCAAUAUAUUGGACCCCUUGUUUUAAAGGAUGCGGAAACGACAAUUCUUUGCGAAAUUACCGAGAUGGAAAUUGUUAAUAUCUCUGAGCAGGCGCAAAUAAUGCAUCGUAAUGCGAUUCGAGGCAAAUUGAGCGAAAAUCUAGGAACUCUACUUAAUAAUGAGAAAUUUAGCGAUGUUACAUUAGUCGCGAGUGGCCUUGAAGUCAGGGCUCACAAGAGUAUAUUAGCUGCUCGCAGUGAAGUCUUUGCUGCCAUGUUUGAGCACGAAAUGGAAGAAAACAAACUUAACCGUGUCGUCAUAAAAGAUAUUGAUCAUAACGUGUUAAAAGAGAUGUUAAAAUUCGUGUACACAGGAACAGCGCCUAAUUUAGAUAGAAUGAGUUUGGAUUUGCUUGCAGCUGCUAAUAAGUACGCUUUGGAAGACCUUAAAGCAAUGUGUGCAGAUGCCAUGAGUACUAGGCUUUCUGUAAAAACUGCUGCCGAAACUCUAAUAUCAGCCGAUGUUUAUGAUGCUGAUCAACUGAAGGCGCAUACCAUAGCUUAUAUUAAAAACCACAUUGCCGACGUUAUGGAAAUGCAAGAUUGGCAAGAUAUGACUAAAACGCAUUCAUAUUUAGUGGGGGAUGUGUUGCGUGCGUUCGCUAAACAAUAA